GCUUGUGGUUUUGACUUUUGAGGAUUUUUCAUUUCAACAAUGGCUUGAAUGUUCAUGUGGAAAAUAAUUUUUUUUAAUUUAAAAAAACAUUAUCUACAUUUAGAAAUAAACAAUCAAUCAAUUUCUGAAAUAUUUUUUUUUGCAACAUGCAGUCGAUUGGGGGUGAUAUUGAUGUACAUGAAAAUAUGUCAUCGUUAAAAAAAAAUUUUACAUACUGGCAACCUUGGCGUAAUGAUGUUGACAAUAAUAAUUAUGUUGAAAAUAAAAUUGACAAUUAUUAUCACAACUAUUAUAUAAAUUAUUUACAAUAUUUUCGUUAUCAUGAAGAAAGACCAAAAACAACGAAUCUUCAUAGAAAACCAAGUAGCGCGUGGCGAAAAGAACGCAGGAGAGAUCCAAUUCAAAGUGAAGCACUUGAUAUGUCAGCAGCAAAUAGAGUUCAUCAUCAUCACAGCAGGCCAAGUGUUAUAGUUCCAACUGCACCACAACCUGGAGUAACUAGUGAAGACACAGCGAAAUCACCAACAGCAUCGGCGACACCAUCAAUGGCUAUUGGUGGUAAUAGAACUGGAAUGAGAACUACAACUGGUGUUAGUGAUCCAGCAAUUGAUGAACACUUUAAAAGAUCACUGGGUCUUGAAGAGUAUGCUGCUGUUUUUAGUGGACCAACGAAUGGUGAUAAAGAAACUGGACUGAGUGUUGACGAUCACUUUAAAAAAGCACUCGGCGAAACAUGGGAUAAAUUAAAGAAAAAAAAAACAACCAAAGAAUCAACCUAACUCGUUUUUGUAAAUAUUAAUAAUUUACUACUAUUAUUGUACUACCAGACUAUGCUCAAAUGGAGCAAUAAUUAUAAUCAGUUCCAUUAGUCGUUUAUUAAUAACUAUUAAUCGCGUCUCUAUAAUGAUAAUAAUUAAUAAGUAAUUAAAAUGGUAAUAAAAUUACCAAAUAGUUACAAAUAAUAUUGUAAAAAUAUAAUAAUAAUAAUUCACCAACAAUUUACAUAUUUAUUUUUUUUUUUUAUACAAAAAAAAUGAAAAAACAAUCAACUGAAACAAAAUGUUAAAUAAUGUAAAUAAAUAAUAAUUAACAAACUGUUCAAUAUUAAUAUUAAUGAAAAAACAAAAAAAAAAAAUCUCCACAGUCAUUUCCGUAUUGUUAACGGUUAACAAUUAAUAAUAAUUAUUUAUUAAAAUUAUUAAUCAAUAAGUUGUUAAUAAUAAUCUCGUAAUUUUUACAUUUUAAAGCAUAAUAAAUACUUUUUUUUUUUUUCGUUCGGUGUUAAUAUUUAAUGACGUAAAAAAAAAUCGAAAUAAUUAUUAUAUUUAAACGAUAAUUUAUAAUUCAAACGUAAAUAUGUAUACAUAAUGUGAUUAUAUAAAUAUAGACAAUUAAUAUGUUAAUUAAAUGAAAAAAAAACUGAGUACUAAAUUGUAAAAUAAAAAUAAAAGUACAAUACAAAAAAAGGAAAAGAAAAAAAAUUAAAUUAAUAAAAAUAAAAAAGUAACAAAACAU